AUGGCGCGCGACUCCUGCGCAGGGUCGUACCGCACUGAGGGUAAGAAGGUGGUGGUGGGCGGAAAGUGGAGGGCGAGUCCUUGGCGGUUCAACGUUCUCUACUGGAAGCAACCCACCGUCCGCCCUGGUGACGUCCUCGUGUUCCGAUGGCGGUUCGUGCCACAUGACGUUUGGGUGAUGCACUCAAGGAAAGCCUACACCAACUGUGAUUUCUCUGCCGGCAGCGCCACCAGGAAGACUGACAUCUCCUUCACCGGGAAAUACAAGUACAAAGUGCCAAGUUCAGCAGCAGGAACCACCUUAUACUUUGGCAGCAGUGUGAUAUGGCAGUGCGCUGCAUGGAAGAUCAAGGUGGCUAUUAGAAUUAGUGGCCCCCUGGCUCCCGCCGCGCCCCCCCCUCCCCCUUCUCCUCCCCCUUCCCCUCCCCCUUCCCCUCCCCCUCCCCCCGUCUAA